ACCUUAAUUUAAGUAGGCAAGUCAGCUAUAUUGGAGUAGCCUAUUAGCAUUCAGAGUGAAACACAUCUGUAACACAUAGAACGAGUUUUCCUGUUUUAAUUUCCCUCCUAUUUUACCCUUAUGCACAAGAUUCUAGGUAGGAUUGUUAUAUCAAUAUGGUUCCUGAGAUGACUAGUCAUUUGCGCCGAAAAUGUGUAUCUGGAACGCACCCAGAAUCUACGCAUUCUACGUUUCUCGACUGUUUACUAGCCAUCGGACUACGAUUUGGAAACAUUGCCUAAAACGCCAAUACGGUGGUAUUUUAUUCACAAAAUGACAAAGUUGAAGCUGCUAAAUGUGUUUUUAAGUGAGAGAUUAGCUGCAGCUGCUAAAGAAAUAUUUAUAGAGGUGGAAAAUAUUUUAAUCGAAUACCAGGAAGAAAUCACUCGUUCAAAGGCAGAGAAUGACCGUCUUCGCGGGCUACUGGACGUCGCUUUCCAGUUUACGCCAGCACAACAGCCCAUUCAGCUUAUAGCCUCUGAUGAGGAGGUUUCCCCUAAGCAUCAGCAGCACUGUGAACAAGAGUGGAGCCCCAGUCUGGGCCAGGAGGACCCAGAGCCAACACAGUUUAAAGAGGAACAGGAGCUCAGGACCAGUCAGUUGGAAGAUCAGGUUCAAGGGCUGGAAUCGGAUACAGAAUCCAUAUUCACUCCUUCCUGUGUGAAAAGUGACUAUAAUCAGGAUUCGCCUCAGCCCUUAAAUCUUUACCAAAUUCAAACUGUGGAGGUUGGAGAGGGAAACUCUCCGUCUCUCCCCGCCAACAAAACUGAAGCAAUCAAACCAGAACCCGAAGGAGAGGGCUUUGAAAUAUCCGAUCCAAGCAAUCCACAAUCCUUCUAUGCCAUGAAUCUAGACAAUGCUGAAGCUCAGAGUGAAAAUGGUAUAUAUUUCAAUGAGAUAGACAGUGAUGGACUUCCCUCUGAGUUUGAGGUACCACAGCCAAAUCAACCAAGGAGUGCCAGGAGAGGGCAAAAAAUAUGCACAGCGAAGACUGUGAAAAAGAACCCUGAUGAGAAGCCGUACCAGUGCAACGUCUGUGGGAAAAGUUUUCAUCACAUGUCCAAACUUAGAACACAUCUAAGGGUACACACAGGAGAGAGGCCAUUCAGCUGUCCAGAGUGUGGGAAAUGUUUCAGCCAGUCUGGCGAAGUCAACAGACAUCUUAAAACACACAAUCGGCACAGGGCCUAUUUAUCCGGCCUAUGAGGGAGAUGCACACUCUCUCGUGUCGAACUAUGAAUAAAAAAUAAUAAAGAUUGCUGUUUUUUGUUUGAAAACAA